UACCAUAGCCUGUUUCGUCAAACUUUAAUAAACAAGCUGACUUUUAUUAGUGUUGAUUUAAUAGUGUUGACUAAUUAGUAUUCCUAGUGUAACUAACUGAUUCUCAAGUUGUAAAUAAAUAGUUUUAAUAUGUUUCUUACCAAUCGGAUCGUUUGCAAUUUGUCUACUAGAUGUACAUUUGCUCAUAAGUUUUUGAAUAAGUCUAAAUUUUUUAGGCUUAGUUUUUCAACUUCUUCCAUUAACAGUGGCAAUUCUUCAUCAUCAUUUUCUUGUGUGCAACCUAUCGUGACAUUGAACAAACAUUUACGCGAUCAACAAUCAAGGAAACUUCAUAUUAGUCAUGGCCUAAGUUCAGGGAAAGUGGUUCCUUUCAAUCUUUCUGAUAUCGGUGAAGGUAUUUCCGAGGUUGUCGUCAAGGAAUGGUUUAUCAAGGUUGGUGAUGAGGUCAAUCAAUUUGAUUCAAUCUGUGAAGUUCAAUCUGACAAAGCAAGUGUUACAAUUACAAGUCGUUACGAUGGAGUUAUUGAAAAAAUUUAUUACAACAUCGAUGAAAUAGCUAAAGUUGGAAAACCUUUAGUAGAAAUUAGACUCAGAGAUGAAAGUAAACAAGGGUUAGUCCAAGCAGAUCAAGUUGAUCAAGUUGCUGAUUUAGAAGCUAAUCAAAUUUGUGACUCCCAGCCAACCAAUUUUCUCGAUUGGAAAGGUGGUAAAGUUUUAACUACUCCAGCUGUGCGAAGAAUAGCCGCUGAAAAUAAUAUCAAGUUGAGUAAUGUUAAAGGUACUGGUAGAGAUGGUCGUAUUUUGAAAGAAGAUUUACUCAGAUAUCUUGAAGAGGCGAAAAAUUCUAUGGCAUCGCAGAAGGAAACUCCAGUUCUCAAUAUUUCACCUGAGCCCAAGACAUUACCAAUUAACUUGAACGAAAAACCAUCUGUUGAUAGAUUGACUAGUCAAGCAUCUGACAAAAGUGUUCCAUUCACCGCAAUUCAACGUGCAAUGUUUAAAUCAAUGACACAAUCUCUUAAAAUACCUCAUUUUGGAUUAAGUGACGAAAUAAAUUUAUCCAAUCUUCUCAACAUUUUGCCAAACUUGAAAGAGCGAGCUUUAUCCAGGGGCAUAAAAUUAACUUUCAUGCCUCUAUUCAUGAAAGCUUUGUCAUUAGCUCUCAAUGAUUUUCCAAUGUUGAACUCAUCAAUCGACGAAAAGAAUGAAAAAAUAAUUAUCAAAGCAUCACAUAAUAUUGGAUUUGCCAUGGACACUAAAGAUGGAUUAAUUGUCCCAAAUAUCAAAAAUGUUCAAAAUUUAUCUAUUUUAGAAAUAGCUGAGGAAAUGAAAAGACUUCAACAAGAUGGAGCCAAUAAUAAGUUACGCCGAGAUGAUUUAACUGGUGGAACUAUCACUCUAUCAAAUAUCGGUUCGAUUGGUGGUCUUUUCGGUAUUCCUGUUAUCCCACCUACAGAAGUAGUAAUUGGUGCCAUUGGACAAAUUAAAACUGUGCCAAUUUUUAACGAAAAGGACGAAAUAGUCAAGGGACAUAUAAUUAAUAUUUUGUGGUCAGCGGAUCAUCGGACUAUCGAUGGAGCAACUCUCUGUCGAUUUUCAUCCACCUGGAAAGCAUUACUUCAAGAUCCGAUGAAAAUGCUUUUGGAUAUGAAAUAAACGUAUUCAUAAUCAUUCCAACUAUUCCUUUCAUGUGAUUGGGAGCUAUAUUUUUUCAUUUUUGUCUUCGAUUAAAUUUAUUCCUCAACUUUCAAUGAAAGAUUAUAAAAAUGCACAAA